CAAUCCCCCUCUGCCCGCUUCACAUUGGUUUGACCCAACGGGCUCUUUCUCUCUCUUGCCAACAUGGCGGAGCAGCCUCGCUUUGACUCGGGUCCAACGUCAUUGCGAAACCUCCCUAUGCGGGUCCCCGCGGGAGUGGGCGGUGCCUGCGGGCCGAGCGCGUUGAUUGGCUGGGCGCUAAGUAACGCGCCUCGCGAUUGGCCGGCAGCGCUGGGCCAAUGGACAGGCGGCUUGUUCCGGGGCUGACAGCGAGAGAGCGAGAGCGAGCGGGGCCUGCCAGGAGGUGAGGCCCCCCCGCCCCGGCAUGGCGGAGCCGGCGGAGGAGACGCUGCUGUACGUGGAGCAUCGCUACGUGUGCUCGGAGUGCAGCCAGCUCUACGGCUCCCUGGAGGAGGCGCUGCUGCACCAGCAGAGCCACCUGGGCCCGGAGCAGCACUACGAGGUGGUGGGGCUGGCGGGCGAGGCCGAGGCCGGGCUGUACCAGGCGCUGGCCGUGCAGGAGAGCAGCCAGUACCAGUGCCUGGAGUGCGGGCAGCUGCUGCUCUCCCCGGCCGAGCUGCUGGAGCACCAGGAGCUGCACCUCAAGCGCCUGAGCCAGGAGCCGGAGGCGCCCGCCAAGCUGCCGGCCUCCAGCCAGAUCCACUACGAGUGCGUGGAGUGCAAGGCCCUCUUCCUCAGCCAGGAGGUGUGGCUGGCUCACCGGCAGGCCCACCGCGCCCCCCCGGAGCCCCCCGGAGCCGAGGCAGGAGCCGCCGGCCAGAGCCAGGCGCUGGUGGACCUGGAGCACUCCUACCGCAAGCCGGAGGAGGCGGCGGCGGCGGCAGGGGGGGACGGCUGCGCGGUGCAGCUGCUGCUCUAUGAGUGCGGCGAGUGCUUGCAGCUCUUCCAGACGCCCAAGGACUUCCUGGAGCACCAGGCCACGCACCUGGGCGCUGCGCCCGCCGGGGAGCUGGCAGAGCCGCCCGCCUGCCCGGCGGAGCCCCCGCAAGCGGCGCCGGCGGGCGUGCUGAACGGAGCCGCGCCCGCCCCCUCGGAGCCCAGCAUCACCGCCAGCGACCACAGCUACGAGCUGAAGAAUGGGCCUGAGGAGGCGGCGGCGGCCGCGCCGCGCCGGCCCAAGCGGGGCGGCCAGGAGCCCUGGUGCGCCGAGUGCCAGCAGCCCUUCCCCUCGGCACACCAGCUCCAGCUGCACCUGCAGUGCCACCGGCAGGGCGCCUUCCAGUGCCCGCUCUGCAGCAAGGUGCUGCCCACUCCGCUGGCCCUGCGGCAGCACCGGAGCGAGCACAGCGGCGAGUCGCGCUACCUGUGCUUGGACUGCGGCCUGGCCUUCGACACCGAGGCCGUGCUGCUGGCCCACCGGCGCGGCCACUCCCCCAACCCCCUGCACCGCUGCGCCUGCGGCAAGGCCUUCCUCAACAUGACCAAGUUCCUCUACCACCGCCGCUCCCACGGCCCCCUGCCGCCGCCCCCGCCGGAGCCGCCCCUGCCCGCCCCGCCGGAGCCCCCGCCCGCCCCGCCGGCGCCCAAGAAGCCAGACGACGUUGUGCCGCUGGCCAUCAUCUACUCGGUGGAGAACGCGGAGGCCAACGGGCCCAGCUUCCGCUGCCUGAUGUGCAGCAAGGUCUUCUCCAAGCACCUGCAGCUGGUGCGGCACCAGCGCUUCGUGCACAAGCUGGAGCGGCGCCACAAGUGCCAGACCUGCGGCAAAAUGUUCAAGAAGAAGUCGCACGUCCGCAACCACCUGCUGACCCACACGGGCGAGCGCCCCUUCCACUGCAAGGAGUGCGGCAAGAGCUUCAACUCCCAGGCCAACCUGCUGCGCCACCGGCUGACCCACACGGGCGAGCGCCCCUACCGCUGCGAGAUCUGCCAGAAGGCCUUCACCCAGUCCUCCACCCUGCAGCAGCACCUCUUCGUGCACAGCCGCCACUACCCCUACAAGUGCCAGGAGUGCGGCAUCAACUUCCACCGGCCCUACCGCCUGCUCAUGCACCGCUACCACCACACGGGCGAGUACCCCUACAAGUGCCAGGAGUGCGGGCGCUCCUUCCUGCUCCGGCGCCUGCUGGACGUGCACCAGCUGAGCCACGCCGGGCGGGAGCCCCAGGUCUGCGCCGGCUGCGGCGCUGCCUUCGUCACGGCCCUGCAGCUCCGCGAGCACAAGUGCGGCAAGGUGAGCCGGCGCUUCGAGUGCCCCACCUGCGGGAAGAAGGUCAGCUCGGCCGCCCGGCUCCGCGCCCACGAGCUGCUCCACGACGGGGGGGCCGCGGCCUCCCCGGAGGAGGAGGUCCCCGCCCCGCCGCCGCCGCCCCCCCCGCCCCGCCGCCCCGCCUGCCCCAAGAGCUUCGAAUGCGCCGACUGCAAGAAGCUGUUCAGCACUGAGACCUCGCUGCAGGUUCACCGGCGCAUCCACACCGGGGAGCGGCCCUACCCCUGCCCGGACUGCGGCAAGGCCUUCCGCCAGUCCACCCACCUCAAGGACCACCGGCGGCUGCACACCGGCGAGAAGCCCUUCAAAUGCGAGGAGUGCGGCAAGGCCUUCACCAUCGCCGUGCGGCUGGCCGAGCACCGGCGCAUCCACACGGGCGAGCGCCCCUACCACUGCGCCGACUGCGGCAAGGCCUAUCGCUCCUUCUCCAACCUGUGGAAACACCGCAAGCUGCACCAGCAGCAGCGCCUGCAGAACGAGCAGGAGGCCCUGGCCGAAGCCGCCGCCGCGGCCGCCAUGGCAGCCGCCGCUGCCCCGGACUACGGCAACACCCUGACCAUCAUGGAGACGAUCGAGAUCUACCCCGCUGUGGCCACCGAGCCCGAGGGCGCCCCGGGCGGUCGCCUGGAGAACGUUCAGCUGGGAGGGGUCUGAGCCGGGAGAAGGGGCCACGGCGUGGACAGAGCCUCCCCCCCACACACAGCUCGUGCCGGAGCUCUUGGCUGGUGGCCACACAGCUUCUGUUCUAGCCGUGGCUGGGUCACACAUGGCAACAGCUGCUUCUCCAGCUCCCCCUGGUGGCCACGUCCCUGUGCCCGGGGCCACAUGGUUCCUCCUGGCCACGGCGCUGCCCCCCUCUGGCUCCUCCUGGUGGCCACGUCCCUGUGCCCGGGGCCACGCGGCUCCUCCUGGCCACGGCGCUCCCCCCCCGGCUCCCCCUGGUGGCCACGUCCCUGUGCCCGGGGCCACGCGGCUCCUUCUGGCCACGGCGCUGCCCCCCCCAGCUCCCCCUGGUGGCCACGGCCUGGGGCCACGCGGCUCCUUCUGGCCACGGCGCUGCCCCCUCUGGCUCCCCCUCGUGGCCACGUCCCUGUGCCCGGGGCCACGCGGCUCCUCCUGGCCACGGCGGUGCGCCCCCCCCUGCUCCCCCUGGUGGCCACCUCCCUGUGCCCGGGGCCACGCGGCUCCUCCUGGCCACGGCGCUGCCCCCCCGGCUCCCCCUGGUGGCCACGGCCUGGGGCCACGCGGCUCCUUCUGGCCACGGCGCUGCCCCCUCUGGCUCCCCCUCGUGGCCACGGCCUGGGGCCACGCGGCUCCUGGCCACGGCGCUCCCCCCCCCAGUUCCUCCUCGUGGCCACUCGUCACCAGGGCAAUUCCAUUUGCUUCUCUGGCUGCCGCUGGGGGCCGCAUCCCCGCUGCCACGUGGCUGCCGCUCCAGGAACCCCCCCCCCUGAACCCGGCCCCAUCCCCCCUGCCCCCGAGUAGCUCACUUUUCUAUUGACCCCCCAGCCAGCCACCCCCCCCACGUAAAUAACAGCCCCCCCGACUUUUGCUAACUGGACCCCUCCCUGGGGGGGCGUUUUGGUAUCCGUGUUACAAUUAAACAUGAGUGAACAAUCAGCCUGGAGUGACUGGUCCUGGGGCAGGAUGGGCUAGAAAACACUCCACGGUGCUGAG